GGCCUCGGCGCUCAGCUCUCGCGGCCCGGAGCUCUGGUCCCGCCGAGUGGGCGGCGAUGAGCGCCGAGGGACUCUUCCCCCCGGCUGCCCCCCGCGGGCGCCCCGGCCGCCUGCUAGUGCCCGCGAGGACUAAAACUGGGGCUGCCUUGUUGCUCGACGAAGGGUCUGGACGCGCCUGUGACAUCCGCCUGAGGCUAACGAAAGAGGUACUGACAAUUCAGACACAAGAUGUCAUCUGUGUUAGUGGCAGCGAUCCCGGUGCAAAUCACAGAACCGUUACGCUUCGCAGACAGCCCGUGGGCGGCUUGGGCCUGAGCAUAAAGGGCGGCGUGGAACACGGAGUGCCGGUCGUCAUAUCAAAGAUAUUCAAAGACCGCGCAGCCCACCAGACAGGGAUGUUAUUCGUAGGGGACGCCCUCCUCCAGGUUAAUGGCAUUAAUGUAGAAAAUGCAACCCACGAAGAAGUGGUGCAUCUUUUGAGAAAUGCUGGCGAUGAAGUGACCGUCACUGUCGAGUAUCUCAGGGAAGCGCCAUCAUUUCUGAAGCUCCCAUUAGGGUCCCCAGGACCGUCUAGCGAGCCCGGCAGCGGGACCUCCUCGCCCCUCUUUGACAGCGGUUUGCAUCUGAACGGAAACUCCAGCAACACAGCUCCGUCCUCGCCUUCUUCGCCCGUCGCUAAUGAACCAAAAUAUGAGAAGCGCUGGCUGGACGCCGUGUCACUCCCUCUUUCCAUGGCUCGGGUCUCACGGUGCAGAGCUGGAGCAGAAAAAGUAAGGUGCAGUGCGUUUGAGGUGCAGGCCCUGGAUGGGGCGAGCUCGGGAAUCCUUUGGUUUUACACCGCCCAGGAGAGCGCCGACUGGCUGCGGGCCGUGUCUGCCAACAUCAGCGACCUGACGCUGCAAAACAUGAAAAUGGCAAAUAAAUGCUGUUCUCCUUGUGACCAGGUGAGCACUUUAGACUGGGUCCGAGCAGAAAAAACCUAUAACCUCUGUGAGGUACUAUUUAAAGUUCACAAGUUCUGGCUUCCGGAUGAGUGCUGGGCCCAAGCCAGCCUCUGCCUGGGUCUCCAGGACCCCAACCGCGGGGACCACAGGCCCUUCUGCUUCAGCGUCCUCGUCGGCCACGGCAGGAGCCACGUGUUCAGCGUGGAGCUGGGGAGUGAGCUCGCAGCGUGGGAGCUGUCCUUCCAGAGGGCCACCUUCCUGGACGUGCAGAGGACGGGGUCCAAAACGUACAUGUGCAGUUGGCAAGGAGACACUCUGUGCUUCACUGUGGAUUUCGCUCUGGGAUUCACCUGCUUUGACAGCAAAACAAAGAAUGUGCUCUGGAGAUUUAAAUUCUCUCAGCUGAAAGGAUCUUCCGAUGAUGGGAAAGCUCGGGUGAAGCUGCUGUUUCAGAAUCUGGAGACCAAGCAGAUUGAGAAGAAGGAGGAACAGAGGCGGGCGUUCUUCACUCUGUGAUGAUCCGGAGGAUAAACUCCACUGGAAACGAUUCCUUGGCGUCGUGAGUCGCGCCGACGGUCAGACGUGGACGGCGGGGGCUGCGCGGGGGUACAUGACGCCGCUGCCGGCUUCAGCGAGUGACCAUGGCGGCGUCGGACUGGGGAGAGAUGGUGGAGGGAGACAAGGCCAGGUUCCUCCUGAAGAUGGAGUGAAGCGGGGCCUCGACAGAAUAGGGGACGCGCGAGUGCGGCCCCUUCCAAAUGUGGGUCUGAAACUGUCCUGAAUCUGUUCUCCCGGAAGCUGGAAUGGAACAGAGCUUUCCUUUCUUUGCGCUUCUUUUCCCUUCCUCCCUCCCUUUCUUCCCGUCUUCCUUCCUCCCGGGUCCCCUGCACGGUCGGUCAGUCAGGGGCCCCUCCUCCGCGAGGGCACAGGGAAGGUGCACCAGCCGCGUCCCGCCUGCACCCAGGUUAGAGCCCAGCAUCACCGGCCGCCUUGCCGUUUCUUGCCUGCUGGCCUUUGACUCCGCUUCUCAGCUUUCUUCCUGGACGUCGUGCUUCCCGUAGACAUUUGCUUGGAAAACGUCGGUCAAAGGUUUGCUGUGUCCCAGGGUCUCUGUGCAAAGGGUCGUCUUGGUUACGACACCUGCUGGGGACCCGCCCCUCCCUCUGAGCCUUCCUGGGCUGUCGGGCCUUCACCGCGGCCCAGUGGGUGGGGGGAUCUUUUAUCUCACCCGGUACGUUACAAGCCGCCGCUGUGCUCAGUCCUUCGUAAGCACGACUGCCUCAUCCCCACAGGCAGCCCGGGAGAGAAGCGCCGGCAUCACAAUAUAUGUUUAAUAUGGCACAAAACAGAUUGUUCAAGUCAGCGUAAAGU